CUUGCAUGGAGCAUAUAUAAAUCUCAAGGCGCCCGGUUACAAAACCAUGCAGUCACUUUGCGAAAGGCCAAGCAUAUAAACAUCUCCUUUUGUGCUGUUCAGAUUCAUCCAACGAGAAGUAUUAAACAUGGAUAGAAGAUUUGGUCUUCUACAAAAAGAAAACGGUUCACGGAUCCCUUUGGAAAGCAUCAACAUUCAUGUUGAUGUUCAAGGUUUUACCGCUCACGUCGUGGCCUCGAUGAAAUACUCGAACAAGGAAGAAAAUCCUAUCGAAGCAAUUUACAUCUUUCCGCUCGAUGAACAAGCUGCUGUUUGCGGAUUUCAAGCGACAAUCGAUGGUCGAACGAUCGUUGCAGAAGUUCAAGAGAAAGAAGAGGCCCGGGACACUUACGACGAUGCCAUUAGUAGCGGGCAAAGUGCAUUUCUCCUCGAAGAGAGCGAUGAGAGUUCGGAUAUUUUUCAGAUAAGCGUUGGAAAUUUACCGCCAAAGAAGGAAGCUCUUGUGGAACUCCGCUUUGUCACAGAGCUCUCUGUGGAAGCUGAAGGUCGAGUUGUGUUUGUGCUGCCGACCGUUCUCAACCCGAGGUAUUCUCCGGCGGACAGCGCUGCAAGUCUCAGCACUCAAAUUCCUCGAGCUGCUUCCGUCGAUUCACCUUACUCGUUCGAGUUUGCCAUGAAAGUGAAAGCUACCUCGGCCAUCGGUGAGAUAACUUCCCCGUCAAAUACGCUGCGCGUCGAGAUUGACGAGAAUGACAACACUCAAGCCAAAGUGGGCCUGGCAGAAUCGCACAAGUUCGAUAAAGAUGUUGUGGUUCAUGUUCUGACACGGGAGCCGUUCAAGCCCGAGGCGAUCGUUGAAAACGGGAUCAAAAUUGAGGGAAAAGAAGACGGAGACGGCUUCAUGUCGAAUCCUGUCGUAAUGCUGAACUUCUUCCCUGAAUUUAAAAGCUCUGAGUCGUCAGAAAAAGGUGAAUUUAUCUUUGUGGUUGAUCGCAGCGGAAGCAUGGGUGGUAGUCGAAUGGACAGCGCCAAAGAGACACUACUGUUGUUUCUGAAAAGCUUGCCAGAUGGUUGCUAUUUCAAUGUCGUAGGCUUUGGAAGUAGCUAUAAGACUCUCUUCAAAAAGAGUGAACUCUACAACGAUGCAAACCUGAAGAAAGCCACUGAUUUGGCUAAAUCCAUGCAAGCAGAUCUUGGUGGUACAGAAAUUCUCUCACCUUUGCAGUGGGUGUUUUCCCAGGGGCAUGUGAAAGGCCAUCCAAGACAACUUUUCCUGUUGACUGAUGGUGAGGUUGGGAACACUGAGCAAGUUAUUAAUAUUGUGCAGAAGAAUUCCAGUAACACAAGGUACAAUUUACUUCUUUUAUUUCUCCGAAGUAUGAUGUUUAGUAUAUACCGGUAUGUUUGGUUCAUUGAGGGGGCGUGGUGGGGGGUUUGUGUGCGGAUAAAGACAUUUAAACUGUUAGCACAGUAAAUUGAAAUUGUAACAAGGAAGUUGUGCUAUGCCCUUUUCAGUUUCAAAAGUGAUAUUGAUUAGAGAAUUACGUACAUGGUAAUUACAAGGAAAUGAUAUUGUAGACACCUGAAUUUGAAUUGCAAAAUGCUUACAGUCUCAAAAUAGAUGACUUUGCAACCCACACUUAGUGUCUGUCUUAGAGAGAUGUCUGUCCUGUAGACAGUUGAAUAAAGGAAGUACAUGUAAAGAAGAUGUAAGGACCAGCUCUACAUGUAGGUGUCCAUUUUACUUAGGUGUCCAUCUUAUAGAGAUCUCUGUUGAAGGAGAGUCAAGUAUACUUAUCAUCACUGAAGCAUAUGAUUAUGGGCAAGUUAUAAACAUGAACAACGUCAACAGUAACAUUUGCCCUUAUACUGCAUUACCACUAACCACUACCACUAACCACUAACCACUAACCACUAACCACUAACUCCAAGUUGGAAAUAACACUGAUAUGCAGUGGAAGACGUGGCAGAUCUCAGGACGUCCAAUAUAACUCAGCAAAGUUAGAGUCAAUACAAUACAAAAAUAAAUGUUAUGAAUUAACAACUCAGAAUAUAUUUUUAUGGAAAUCUUACAGUAUUGACUGAUCUAGUUGAUGUACAUGUAUAUUUCAUGACCUAGACGUACCUACAUGUACUUUAAUAGUUAUAGCAAAACUAGAACUAUUUACAUACCCUAUAAUUGUAUGCAUAAAAAUUAUUGUCAUUCCCUGCAAGUUUAUUAGAGAAGAAUUCUUGGAAGUUUGUAGAAUACUUUUUUAACUAUGAAUUAUGAAGUUUUGAAUUGUAUUCUGGUAAACCUUAAUCUUGUAGUGGUUGUCCAUUAUAACUUCUUAAUCUGAAUGAUGUAUGUUAGUCACUGGGUCAACAACAAUGAACAAAAUGAUGUAACUCCCUUAUCGAAAUUCUCUUUACAACUAAACUGGUCAGGCCAGCCAGUUUUGGCUAAUUUUAAGCACCCCACAGAAUAGAUUCAGGGCUUCACUGUACUUGGUUAUCACCCCAUGAGAUGAUAAUGCAAGAUGCAUGUUACAUGUACGUGUCAUUAAAAAACAAUCUGCUUCCAAAAAUUUAGAGGGUUUCUACUUUGACAUACUAUUUAUGGUUUCAGUUAUGACCAAUAUAGCCAUCAUUUUGCACAAAAUAUAAUAUUAUUUUACUCAAAAAGUGUGGCCUAUGCACAUUAAAAUACCGUAUUUAUUCGAUUAACCGCCCUGGGCGCUUAUUAAAUUUUUGAACUUUAAGAGUGGGCGCUUAUUCGAGGUAGGCGCUUAUUCGGGGCUGGGCGCUUAUUAAAUUUUCAGCAUUUUUAGCAAGUGUAGUAUGUUUAUUUUGCAACAAAACAAUAAAUGGUAAUGACAAAACGCGAAGAUGUAACAAAGCAAGGUUCCUGUAAAAUACUUUGAAGAAAACUUUGUCUUCGGGGAAGUCUCUUACUAGUACUUAAUUUUUUGGGGGUGGGGUGGGGGUGGUCGCUUAUUUGAGUUUAAGGGGGAGUGGGAGGGAGGUGGGGUGGGGUGGGCGCUUAUUAACUUUUUCUGCCUUUAGGAUGGGCGCUUAUUCGAGGUGGGCACCAAUUCGAGGUUGGGCGCUUAUUCGAAUAAAUAUGGUAUGUUAUUCGUCACUGAUGUAAGGAUUAAUUGUUUAUUCUAUUUGCUUCAGGUGCUUUACUUUUGGUAUAGGAUCUGGAGUAUCAACAGCCCUCAUCAAGGGUGUGGCCAGAGCUGGAAAGGGUACGGCAGAAUUUGUUACCAGUCAGGAGGAUCGUCUGCAGGUUAAGGUAUGAAAAUUCUGAAUUAAUCAUGAGUACACGACCUACCAAAAAAGUGGCAUUGAUUCACAUAUUGCGUACUACUUUUUUGCUAACAGCAUGGUUAAACCUCCACUAACAGUUACCUGUCUAAAUCGGCCAGCUCUGCUAGUUAGCCACUGUCUUGUCCGUUGAUCAUUGCAUUUGCUACAUUGACAGAUUAUUUCAUUGCCCUGGAUACAUGUGGAGAGAUUUAACUGCAAUGCCAGAAUAAUGUUUCCUACAUUUUGUACUUAUGUAUACGUGUGCCUUUUACCACUCAUAAAAACUGUGGGUUAAAUGAAAUAAUGUGUCCACAUCUAUUCUACUGCCUGGAAUUUUCCUGGUUAUAGUCUUGCUUGCUUUAGCAGCGAGACUCUUAAAUUGCAGGCAUUUCUUUUUGUGUGUCAUGUGUGUGUUUGUGUGUGCAAAAUGGGAUUGUGGUCCUCAGGCAUUCUUAGCAGAUACCAUGGAAACUGGGGAUAUAACGAAAGCCAUGCAUAGAAUAGAAAACUGCGAAAGAUGUCAAACUUUUCUGGAACAGGUUGGUCCAUGAAUUCUAUCACUUGAAAGCGUUGAUUACUCUGGAACAAAUGAUUACUUCAGUGGUCGAAAAAAAGAACAAUUUUAAUGUGCAAAACUUUGAUGGUCAGGCCAACUGGUCGGGUGUUUGAAACUUUCAUUGUUUGCAAAUUAGUUUUGUGAUGAGCAUGAGGUUUAUUUUCGGCAAUAUCAGAUGAUUGCCAUGUUCAUUGCAUUAAUUCCUUGAUUUUUGUGUAGUUACACAUGCGGUUCUAAUCAAUUCAGAAAUAAAGUAGAAUACUCCACUGUCAAUAAAGUUGGAAGUGAAAAACUUUUAGCAAGGAAAUUCUGUUUCACGUAGAAUUAUCGUCUCCUAGACUGCAAGCAGUCUCUCAUUACUCUUUUGAGCAACAGUAGGUCGAGAGCAUAAUUUUCAUUUUUUGCUUGCUGCACAUGGCUCUGAGGAAAGAAGGAUGACUGCUCUCGGUCUAAUCACCUGCUCAUUUCUAAUCUUGUCCGCAAGCAAGCAAGACUCAAUGCUAAAUUAAGAACAUUCUUGUUAAAGGUACAGUUAUACCCUUCCAGUAAAUGGUAGAAUACUGCCUAAUUUUCUGAGACAUGCAUGUGGCCAAAGAAUUCAUAGUACAUACAUGUCCUCCCUUAGCAAGCCUGCAAUGUUCACUGACCACACAUGUAGAGACUCAAUCUGUUGAUGGCGAUGCUGCUGCAGUCAUGUCUGAAUUUUCUUUCACUUCCUGCUCAGCAGUCAUUGUCGGACAGGAUCUUUAAUGUAUCAGUUCUUUAUAAUAUGACUUUAUGCUACCUUGUGCAAAUUGUUGCAGAUGACUGCACAGGUGUUGGCUGCUCACAUUGAUAUAUUACCUCAAAGUAGUUAUGCAUGGAAUGUUUUAAUUGUCCUUCUGGUUUUGCACAACUAGUGCUCCAAACAUUCUGAUGAGCUCACUGAUUCAAUCUUCAUGUAAAAGCAAAAAAGCCAAGAAAUCAAUUUCUUAGAACAGGGGCAAAAUGUAGGUGCGAUGAAUUAGAUUGUUGACUCUAGCGAUGACAUGCAAUUUUAUUACAUGUAAAUGUUGCAAUAAUGAAUCACAUAAUACAAGAUAAACCAAAGCUAAAAUACUGCAUUUUUUUAUUGAAUCACACACUUAAAAGUCAUGGACAUACACACUGUCCACAACUGUACAUGUGUGAGAUAGAUACAUGUAGAUGGAUAGUUUAUGAAAUAAGCACUUUUGCAGCCCAAAGGCUGAAUCACGUAUUUACAACUAAUAUUGUUUAUGGAAUACAAAAAUUAAAAGAUAAAGCUAAAAGGAUAAUUUCAGAGGCAUCACUGAAGUGAUGUAACUGGAAUGAUUUACCAGCAUGGCAGCCGUCAGGAAAGUAACAACGAGGAAUAUUGACUUGAUUGAGGAGCUCCAAUUGCUCUCUCCACUUUGUCCAGCUUCUCAGCAAGUCGUCUGGCAAUUUCUCGUCCCAUUGAAGUUUAAGCUGGCAGGUCCUUUGGAGGACUCUCUUAGCUGGGAGCAAGACUGGUCCAGUUAAACCUAACUUUAUUAAUUUAUUAAUUACUAAUUUUAUUAUGAGAUGACUGAAUCAAUGUCUAUGAUGUGCUAUGAAACAAAGUCUCAUCAUCAUCAUCAUCAUUGUCGUCAUCAUCAUCACCAUGACACUAUCACCGUUAUUGUUAUGGUUGUUGCCAUUAUCUUUAGUGUCAUUAUUAUUGGAAAUGAGACAAUAAUAACUCAUACAGUCAGAAGUGUGAAAGUCCUUUACAGGGUUCAAAUCUACUCACAAAACCCACAAAGACGUAAUUUUAUGGAUGUACAAUUAAUGCACUUUAAGUGAAUGAUAAGUUACAUUUAAAUGAAUAAUUAUAAUAUAAAAUGGAGGAUGUUGACAGCAUUGGUCAUAUCACAAUCUCCUCCCUCAUUGGUCUGCUGUGGUACCACUUGGUACCAGAAGAAUUAUUGAAAUAAUUUUAUUAUCAUGUGGAGGGGAAAAAACUUCUAGGCGUGACAAAAAAGAGAAAAAAGGUGGGUGCGGUGGUGCAUGCAAUUAUAGUUUCUGGUUUUCUGAUUUGCUUGCUUGGCCUGAUAGCCCUUGUGAUUGGUCAUAACACUGAACAUUCCUGAAAUAUUUCAAUUGUUCAUGGUGUUCUGAGUUUAGACAAAUGAGAGAAAUUUUCCCUCUAGUGAUUUUUGUGGUGCAGUUAACCCCUAAAGCUUUGUUAUAUCUCAGGCGCCGUCAUCAUGAUCUAGUGAGUCUUGAACAGUACUUCAGAGUGUACACCUUGUCAUGAGUAAGGUGUAAACUUUCAACUUUUAACUCAAACAGGUUAUCAAGACAUUAAAACGAGCUCUUCAACCAGUUAUCUCAGAUGUGAGCGUGACCUGGCACCUCACAGAAGGCUGGACUGUGCAGCAGGUCCCUUCAUCUCUUCCCCCGCUCUUCAGUGGUGACAGACUUGUGGUGUAUGGUCUUCUAAAGCCUUCAGAAAAUGCCAAACACGGCAUGAACAAAGUACUAUUAACAGGCACUUUAGGAAACAAAGAGAAAAUGGAGCAUUUCAUCAGCUUUUCAACACCGCCUGUUACAAAUGCCUAUUUCAUGGAUUCUAAGACUAACUCUAGUGUCUUACUUCAUUGCUUAGCAGCCAAGACCUUUAUUAACGUGAAACAAGACGACAUAAGUGGCAUGUGGGAAAUCCAACGUGAAAAGACCUCCAUAGUCAGCGUCAGUAAAUCAACCAACGUGGUGUCAAAGUUCACCUCAUUUGUGGCCGUAGAUGAGGAAAGCCAUCAGAUCGUAUCAGGGCCAUUGCGAAAGCAGUUCGUCCCCUCGUUUGCUUCGCAAGUCAUGGGAUUCUCACAACAGUGCUUUAAGACAUUAGGCGUAGUGCAUUCAGCUUGUGAUUCCCAGCUGUUUGGUCAGCCGAAAGGAAUUGGUGGUUCUGGAUUGUCGUACAAAGGUUCUUCUACCCUUCUUGGAGCUAAAUGCUUGAAAUCGCCUGACGGAGUGGCAAGGUUCAAGUCGCAAUCAUCGACCUUUUUUGGAGGGGCGCCCCCACACCCACCCCCACUUGCUGCAGCAAUAUAUGGGGGUGGACAUCCAGGCGCCCCUCCCCCUCCGUUUGGAGACACAUUGCAGCACGCCGCCCUGCCGCCACUACCAUCCAAGAAGGCAGCUCCACCUUCCAACUUGUCAAAGAAAGAAGCUUCGGGUGUUAUGUCAGUAAUAUCAUUACAGAAAGCCUCAGGAGCCUGGGACCUUACAGACCAACUGGUCUCCCUGUGUGAAAAAAGCCGAGAUUCUUUGAUCACAGGAUGUCCAGCAGCAAUUGCAGUUGGGACGUCAGAAGGGAAGCUGUUAUGGGCCACUGCUCUGGCUCUGGCGCUGUUGAUGGGCAAGUUUGGGGAUAAAAAGGAUGAAUGGGAGAUGAUCGCUGAGAAAGGGAAAAGGUGGAUAAGGAAAAAUCUUCCAGCCAAUGUGAAAGACGAUGAAGUGCUAAAAUUUGCAGCUGCUGCGAUUGGAGUGCAGAUAUAUUAACUGUAGACUAUUAACAACAAAUUAAAAAUGGCGGCCGAGAACAAGAACGUCAUUAAAACAAUAUGAACAACAGUAAACCUUGACAUUUAACUUAUUAUCUGUAGUAAAUAGUUUUAUAACCUUAACAUUAUCAAGAACGUGUCGUGUUCGACUUGAUGUUAUAAACAAGUUUUAUCUCCAAAGUAAAUUUGGUAUUUUGCCACCCUGAUCUCGAUACGUCUCGACAGUAUUUUCCUUGCGUGGCCACCAGUAAGUUAAUUUAAGUGGAAGAAAAUUCAUAAGUAAUUUACGUUCAACGAGUGUUUGUUUAUCUGGUAACAAAAUAUGGCCAAGUUUUCAGUUCUAAUUUCUCGGUACAAAUAAUCAAGCACCUGACAAUUAUUGGAAUAAAGAACGGGUGUAAAGAAAAGACUGUUAAACAGUUCAUUAAAAUAGACGUUCGCGAUUUAUUUAUUCUAAACCACCCGGCUUUGCCUUGUGAUUUAAACAUGAUGAAACACUCCUACUUGGUUGGUUAACUAUCCAGGGGGUAGGGGGGGUUGUUUGCGGGAGACUCCCAUUUGAAAGUGACGGGGAUGCUCGUCGUUUCACGUGAAGUUGUAGAUUACAGUUUUUGGUCUCAUCGUUUAGGGAGGAAGUCGAUUAUUUUAACCCCAUACAGGUAUCGCUUAGGGUAUAAAGUUGUGAUCGAGCGGUAACAUGUACACAAGUAUACAAUAAUUGUGAUUAAUGCGCAACAGAAGAAUCGAAAAUUCAACCACUGAACAUGGACAUUGUCUGAUAAUUAAUUCAUUAAAUAAAUAAAAACGGAGGAAAUGGUUUUCUUUGUGUAUAAAUGUUUAAAGGUGCUGCCAGCUGCCCGAUAUAAGUUUGCUGUCUGGACCUAUACGAGUACGCGUAUUCCGUAAUAACGGGACGCGAGUUUGCUUCAGUCAAAUGUCUGUGAGCUUUGCCGGGGAUUUAACUGCUCCCCUUACUGAUCAGGUUGUCCGUGAACGCCAGGUGUCCGCAACGCAACGAGAGUCGACUGUACUUUCAAUUGUUAUAUUAUCAAUCCUUGCCAUAGUUCUUUGUAAAUAGGGCGGUUUUACGAUACUAAUAUGGUCAAGUGAACGGUUUAGUAGUUAAAAUUAUAUGUUUCGGCGCUUGCAAAAUAGUGAAUAGUGCCUACAUGUUAAUUUCAGAUUAUCAAAACAUUAAAGCGAGCUCUUCAACCGGUUAUCUCAGAUGUGAGCGUGGCCUGGGACCUAACAGAAGGCUGGACUGUGCAGCAGGUCCCUUCAUCGCUUCCCCCGCUCUUCAGUGGUGACAGACUUGUGGUGUAUGGUCUUCUGAAGCCUUCAGAAAAUGCAAAGCAAGGAAUGAAUAAAGUACGAUUACAAGGCAUGCUUGGAAAUGAUGAAAAAGUAGAACAUUUGAUCACCUUUAAUACUUCUCUCCCGCCGAAGGCUUGUGCGAGGGAUAAAGUAACAAAUGUAAGUGUCUUCCUACAUCGCCUAGUAGCUAAGACUUUAAUCCAGGAAAAGCAGGAUUAUCUGAAUGAAGCGUACAGCCGCGAUGUAGAAAAUGAGGAGCACAAAACUUUAUUAAUUAGCCUUAGUAAAUCAGCAAAUGUGGUGUCAAAGUUCACGUCGUUUGUGGCUGUUGAUUCAGAGAGCCAUCAGUCAGUAUCGGGACCACUUCAGCGACAAGUUGUUCCUUCGUUUAAUGUGGCCUACCAUCACUCUGCAAGGAAAUGCAAGGACAAGAGUAUGUUUGGAUUUGGGCUUACGGGAUUCGGGACAGCAAGCAGACCAGCCUCUGCACAGAAGCGUGUGAAGAAGUUUAAAGGCUCCAAGUGUUCAAAUCCGUUUAGACAAAAGAAAAAAUCUUUUGGUGGGCGACUCUCUAAAGCUGCUUGUGCUUUGGUAGAAGCGGAGCGCGAUGAAGUAACCAAACAUGAACAAGAAGAAGGCGCCCCAGCCUUGUUGUCAGUGAUAUCGUUACAGAAAGCCUCAGGGGCCUGGGACCUCACAGACCAGCUGGUCUUCUUGUGUGGAAAAAGCCGAGAUUCUUUGAUCACAGGAUGUCCAGCAGCAAUUGUAGUUGACAAGUCUGAAGGAAAGCUGUUAUGGGCCACAGCUCUGGCUCUGGUGCUGUUGGUGGGCAAGUUUGGGGAUAAGAAGGAUGAAUGGGAGAUGGUCGCCGAGAAAGGCAAAAAGUGGAUGAAGAAAAAUCUACCAGUCAAUGUGAAAUAUGAUGAAAUGCUAAACUUUGCUGCUGCUGCAAUUGGAGUUCAGAUAUAA